AUGGGACUAUUACUUGUGGCUGACACUGAGAAACAACCACUCACUUUGGGAAGUGGCAGAGUUGGUUUGAGAAAUAUUGGAAAUACGUGCUUUUUGAAUGCAAUUGUCCAGUGUCUUUCUCACACACAUGGACUAAGGGACUAUUGCCUCCUCACGUCCUACAGGCAUGAGAAGUUUAACAAAGAGGAUGCUAAACUAUUGGAAGCUUUCACUAAGGUCCUCUCUAGUCUUUGGGAUGUAAACGGUGACGACAGGGCGGUUAAUCCAAAACAGUUUUAUAAUGUUUUUAAAGAAGCAGUGCCUUACUUCAGUGGAUACAGUCAACAAGAUGCCCAGGAGUUUCUCAGAUUUCUUUUGGAUAAGCUGCACACAGAAAUAAAUCGCAGGCCAUAUGUUCAACGCGUUAAAGAGCCAGAGCAAAAAUUUGCCAGAUUCAGGCUCUCUGAAGAGGCAACAUCCAUGUGGAAAAGACACUUGGAACGGGAUGACAGCAGGAUAGUUGACCUUUUUGCAGGACAGUUGCGCAGCUCCCUGCACUGCUCUGUUUGUUCCCACUACUCCAACACAUUUGACGUCUUCUGUGACUUGUCUCUGCCCAUUCCCAAGAGAAGCUCCGGAGGGGAGGUGACACUCAAGGAGUGUCUGGAUCUCUUCUCUCAAGAGGAAAGGUUGGAUAAAGACAAUUCCCCUAUGUGUGAAAGAUGCAAUAGACGCACAGAAAGACCUUAUGGACCUGUUGAUUCUGGUCCAAUGCUAUAUAAUUUAUAUGCAAUCUGUAAUCAUUCUGGCACAGUAAACAUGGGUCACUACACAGCAUGUUGUUUAGACGAAAAUGGGUGGUGCUUAUACAAUGAUUCUAGUAUUACUCAAGUGUCGGAAAACCAGCUGCAGACGAAUCAAGCCUAUGUGUUGUUCUACAAGCGCAGCAAUUACACGUCCGUGCGGUGGGAGGAGCUUGGGCUCGUUCAGGAAGCAGCGAAAAGGCGGCGGCGGACAUAUCAGACGAUGGCUGCCAUCAGGAAGAAGUUGGUUAUAGUUGGAGAUGGAGCAUGUGGCAAGACCUGUUUGCUUAUAGUUUUCAGUAAAGACCAGUUCCCUGAGGUCUAUGUUCCCACCGUGUUUGAGAACUAUGUGGCAGACAUCGAAGUCGAUGGGAAACAGGUGGAGUUAGCUCUGUGGGAUACAGCUGGUCAAGAGGACUAUGACAGAUUGAGACCUCUCUCCUAUCCGGAUACAGAUGUGAUUCUGAUGUGCUUCUCUGUUGACAGUCCUGACAGUUUAGAAAAUAUUCCGGAAAAGUGGACACCCGAAGUAAAACAUUUUUGUCCAAAUGUUCCAAUUAUUCUUGUGGGUAACAAAAAAGAUCUGCGUAAUGAUGAACACACCAGGCGAGAACUUGCCAAAAUGAAACAGGAGCCAGUUAAACUGGAAGAUGGCAGAGAGAUGGCCACUCGCAUCGCUGCAUAUGGUUAUCAAGAAUGUUCUGCCAAAACCAAAGAAGGUGUCAGGGAAGUCUUUGAAUUGGCGACUAGAGCAGCUCUUGUGUCUAAGAAACGCAACAAGAAGAAUGGCUGCAAUCUGUUAUAA